UUUCACGACGCCAGAGGUCGAAAUUUGUCGCCCCCCCCCCCCCUUCAAAUAUCUCCCACGACGAUGCCCUGACUCUCUCGUCUACACCGUCGAUUAGCAGAGAUUAUCUGCGAGCGAUCGCGCACAACGACAAUCGACGGGUUAAAAGGGUCAAGAUGCCGCCCAAUGGCCCGACCAAUGGUCUCCGAACUGCCCGACAGCCAGACCUUCACCUCAUCACCGAUGAAGACGCCGUCUACGAGCAAGAUAUCUUAAGGGAUCUGGGCAGUACGAAACCUUGGCUCGCUUACAUUCAGUUCAAAGUCCAACAUGGCACCAUUCAGGAGCAAGCCUUCGUUCUUGAGAGGGCUUGCCAGCAGUUACCGCGAUCGUACAAGCUCUGGAAGAUGUACUUGCAAUUUCGAACGAAGCAUGUCAUAAAACUAAAUGCCGCCGUCUUUGCUUCCGAGUAUAAAAAGGUCAACGCCCUAUUCGAGCGAGCCCUCGUCUUACUCAACAAGAUGCCAAAGAUAUGGGAAUUGUACUUGAAAUUCUUACUUAAGCAGCCUCUCGUUACUUUUACUCGGCGCACAUUCGACCGAGCUCUCCGGGCCCUUCCUAUAACUCAGCACAAUCGGAUAUGGGCCCUAUAUAGACCAUUUGCGAACUCAGCUUCAGGCGAAACUGCGGUGAAGAUAUGGCGAAGGUAUAUGCAAGUUCACCCCGAGGAUGCUGAAGACUUUAUCGAACUCCUGAUACAAGUCGGUCUCUAUACCGAGGCCGUGAAGAAAUAUAUCGAUAUCCUUAACAACCCGCGCUUCAAUAGCAAGCAUAGCAAAGGCCACUAUGAGCUCUGGAGCGAGAUGGUUGACCUACUCAUCGACCAUGCCAACGAAGUCGAGACCGGCCACGAGACCGGCAUCGACGUCGAGUGUAUCAUUAGGAGUGGAAUCGACAGGUUUGAUGACCAAAGAGGGAAACUAUGGUACGGCUUAGCUACGUAUUGGGUCAGGAGAGGGAGUUUCGAACGCGCGAGAGACAUUUACGAAGAAGGAAUCACGACCGUCAUGACUGUUCGAGAUUUCACCAUGAUCUUUGAUAGUUAUGCAGAAUUCGAAGAGUCCAUCAUUGGUGCGCUAAUGGAGUUGGCGUCCCAGCGAGCGGAUGAAGGCACGCUCGAUGAUGACGCCGACUUUGAUCUCGAUAUACGCAUGAUGCGGUUUGAGCAGCUCAUGGACCGACGGCCAUUCCUUUUGAAUGAUGUAUUACUACGACAAAACCCCAAUAGCGUUUCAGAAUGGGAGAAACGAGUAGCGCUUUGGGGGGACAACAAGGUCGAAGUCGUACAGACAUAUACCGAUGCCAUUGCCGCGAUCAGUCCGAAGAAAGCCGUUGGGCCUUUUCAUCAAUUAUGGGCAAAUUACGCCAAAUUUUACGAAAAGGGCGGUGAUAUACGAAAUGCGCGUAUCAUUAUGGAGAAGGCUGUCAAGGUCCCAUUCAAAUCGGUUGCCGAAUUGGCUGAUAUGUGGAUCGAGUGGGCCGAGAUGGAACUUCGCAACGAGAACUUCGACGAAGCUGUCAAGAUCAUGGCCAAGGCCGUGCAAGCUCCGAAGAGAUCAACUGUGGACUAUUUCGAUGAAACCCUGUCGCCGCAGCAAAGAGUCCACAAGAGCUGGAAGCUUUGGAGUUUCUACGUCGACCUCGUUGAGAGUGUCAACUCCCUGGAGGAGACGAAGAAAGUAUACGAACGCAUAUUUGAGCUUCGGAUCGCUACACCGCAAACCGUCGUCAACUAUGCCACUCUUAUGGAGGAACACAAAUACUACGAAGAAUCCUUCAAGAUAUAUGAAAGAGGGCUCGACCUCUUUAGUUACCCGGUGGCUUUCGAAUUGUGGAAUCUCUACUUAACUAAAGCAGUGGAUAGAAAGAUUGGAAUUGAGCGACUGCGAGAUCUCUUUGAGCAGGCAGUAGAAGAUUGCCCGCCUAAAUUUGCUAAAGUAUUAUAUCUCAUGUACGGCAAUCUCGAGGAGGAAAGAGGCUUAGCGAGACACGCCAUGCGUAUCUACGAGAGAGCGACCCGCGCGGUUUCAGACGAAGACCGAGCAGAUAUGUUUAACUUCUAUAUCACCAAGUCGGCGUCUAAUUUCGGAUUACCGUCUACGAGACCAAUCUACGAAAGGGCCAUCGCAGCUCUACCAGACGAAGAAGCGAGAGAUAUGUGUCUGAAGUUCGCCGAUAUGGAGAAGCGCCUCGGCGAAAUCGACCGAGCCCGCGCCAUUUACGGACACGCAUCCCAAUUCUGCGACCCGCGCACCAACCCGGCGUUCUGGACUAAGUGGGAACAGUUCGAGGUGCAGCACGGCAACGAGGACACGUACAAGGAAAUGUUACGUAUCAAGCGCAGCGUACAAGCACAGUACAACACCGAUGUGAACUUCAUCGCGUCACAAGCCAUCGCACGUGCAAAUCAAACACGAGCAGGAUCAGAAACAGCGAACGGAGACCCCGAAGUUACUGAUGCAAUGGAACAGCUAGAGCGGCAGGCCCGAGCGCCGGCAGGAUUUGUGGCGUCGAGCACGGGACUCGCAGGGACAGUAACCAAAGAAGCGGUCGCAGUGCCUAGCAACCCAGAUGCCAUCGAUAUCGACGGCAUGGAUGACGACUGACACGAACUGGCCUCUAGGAUGGUUCCCGUUUUUUUAAUUAGUUACUUGGCAUUUGAUAUUUGGCAUAGGUGAAAGGAUAGGGCGGCUAGCAAUGCAAAAUUGCGUUGCAUUCCGUUUGUAACGCGCCUUUUUUUUUUCUACGGGUUUUUUGGUCUUCCUUUUUUUUCCCCGGUGCGAGAGUCAAAGCAGACAGAUACCUACAUACGUACCUACACCUAUCUAGCUACCUAGGUACUCUAUGAAUUCACUAAACACCCAUCGGUUUGAGUAUACUUGCUACGUGAGUUAUCUCUAGGCUGACAUGCUGGUGAUCAUGAUGCGUAGGUGCUGAAGGUUUCUUGGUUUGGAUUAGGGGGGCAGUGCUAUUGGCUACUUCGUUGGCCCCUAAAUUGAAGACGACGUAGCGUUGGGGGUUAUGUAUGUCAUGCCCGCAGCUAGAUGACGUUAUCAUCUCCCCCCUUUUCUUUUUCCCCUUUCCCCUUUCGAGGGCGGCUGAAUUGCUUGCUGCCUUUAGAUCGACGGCUCAGCUUAUCAUAGGGUUGGGACGUCAUUGCUGCUACUUGGGUCGAUGGAGUGCCCGCACGAACUGCUGGCAUGACUCGUUAGGAUUUGUCUAGGUAGAGCUUGUUUAUUUGGGGUAGGGUAGGGG